GUGGAACGAUUGGUUCACUCGUAAAACUUCUUAAUUGAAUCUCUUCAUCCUUGAACGCCAUUUGAUGACAAGUUUUGGUGCAGAACACUUGAGUAGAGGUCCUUGUCUCGUCCGAACAUGAUAAGUGGUUGGAGGCAUAUCAGAUUCACUCCCAAAUCGUCAACAAAUCGAGCUCGGACGUAAGCACGUCUAACUACACUACUACUACUACCACUACUACUACUACCACUACUACACCAUCGUCGGACCACGCCGCCGCCAUAUCCAAUGAGCUCGUAUUUUGUGAACUCCUUUGCCGGUAACUUACAAAACGGGGGCGACUCGUACCCGGCAGGUCAGGGCUACCCUGUCCGGUACGACCCCAUGCGGCAGUAUCCGACCCCGUACGGCCCGCCCGAGAGGUUCCCUGUGUACUCGACCGGGGACGGGACCCUGUACGGGGCGCAGCAAGGUGCCUAUACGGACCCCAUCAAGCACGAGGCCGCCCUAGCCAGCCACCAUCUACCUCAAUACAGCAGCUGUAAGCUCCAGGCGAAUAGCCCGUCGCCGCUGUCCUCGGCACAGGGCAGUCCUGGGUCUACAGUCGGCGCCCAGCUGCCCCAGCCCACACCGCCAGUCUUUCCAUGGAUGCGGAAGGGCAGUUCUCAAUCUGCGAUGGGGGAAGAGAAGAAGAGGGGACGACAGACGUAUACCCGCUACCAGACCCUGGAGUUGGAGAAGGAAUUCCACUUUAACAAGUACCUGACACGAAAGCGACGCAUCGAGAUCGCGCAUUUGCUGGGCUUGACGGAGCGACAGAUCAAGAUCUGGUUCCAGAACCGCCGGAUGAAAUGGAAGAAGGAAAACAAGAUCCCUUCCCUCAACGCAACUACCAUCAACCAACUAACCAACAUGAACAGCCACAACAAUGGAGUAAACUCGGACUCUGACAAAGAGAGGGACAUAAAAUAGUACAAAGCCGCUUGCGUGUUCUCUCUCACUCGACCAAUGACAACAGAAUUUUCCGCACAAGUGCAAAGUGCAAAAAAUGUAUACCUCACCUUCAUCAAAGAAAUAUUAGGGCUGUUUUAAGAGAAUUUUUGUCAAACGUACCGUCCGAAAAUAUGCAACUUGUCCGAAUAAUAUGUUUUAUGUGUGUAUAAUUUGCACUGAGAUUUUGCACUGUGACCAAAAACUAAUAUUAAUUUCUCUAUACAAUUUUUAAUACUAUUUAUUAGCGAUCAGGAUGUUUUCUUUAUUAUACGGGUAUUAAUAUAUAUGUAUUAUGGUAUUGUUUGAAAACUUAACACUGAUUAUCUUUGUUUUUAUCGGCAGGGAGUUUGUAUGUUAAUGAUGUAAUAUUAAUUUUACGUUUAAUGACAUGUCACCAAUAUGAGGAUACAUGUGAGAAUGAAUUAUAUUUAUGAUCCGAAUGAAAAAUCUCACAUUUACAAUCACGUUACUACAAUAAUGAUAUAAGUGGAAUAACUAGGCAAAGAAAUUUGUACUGUGUUAGGAACGUAUUUUGAGUAGUUGACCAAAAAUUUUUUGUACUGAAUUUAUAGAUAGCAGCAUUUAGCUCGACUAUUUAAGCAGAUUACAAAUUAUGGAGGCUUAAAAAGUACAAGUUAUGCCAAAAUGUGAACGUUUGUAUGUAUAUAUCUAUUAUAAAUCAUGUACUUCUCAACUAUCCAAAGAGCUUGGAGGUGUAAAAACCUCACUGUUCGCCAAAUCUGGACACUCAGGAAUAUGUAUUGUACUCGUUUUUGACCUAUUAUGUCUAGAACAACUUGAAUGUGCGUCUCUUAUAGAGAACUUUGACUAUAGAGACAGAGAAAGGAGUCGUGAAUUGGUCGGUAAUUGAUUGUAGCGUUGUUGACAGAAUGUUUUGUGGGAGCGGUAUUAAAAGUUGACAAAGGUAA